UUAUUUAUUUAUUAUUUUUUGAUGUGGACCAUUUUUCAAGUCUUUACUGAAUUUGUUACACUAUUGCUUCUGUUUUAUGUUUUUGGUUUUAUGGCCGCGAGGCGUGUGGGAUCUUAGUGCCCUGACCAGGGAUCGAACCCACAUCCCCUGCAUUGGAAGGCGAAGUCUUAACCACUGGACCGCCAGCGAAGUCCCCAGUCCAAAGUAAAGUGCGUUCAAUGAAAUGAAGUGGGAGUUCUUCUUUUGGCCGCUGCCUCUUUCACCAGCACUUGAAGAGGCCCAGAAAGCGAUUCAGCAACUCUUUGGAAAAAUCAAAGAUAUCAAGGACAAAGCAGAAAAAUCAGAGCAAAUGGUGAAGGAAAUCACCCGCGACAUCAAGCAGUUAGAUCACGCCAAACGCCACCUGACCACCUCGAUCACGACGCUGAACCACCUGCACAUGCUGGCGGGCGGCGUCGAUUCCCUCGAAGCCAUGACCAGGAGAAGGCAGUAUGGAGAAGUUGCUAAUCUUCUUCAGGGCGUAAUGAAUGUUCUGGAGCACUUCCACAGAUAUAUGGGAAUUCCACAGAUCCGGCAGCUUUCUGAAAGAGUGAAGGCUGCCCAGACCGAGUUAGGACAGCAAAUCCUGGCCGAUUUCGAAGAAGCAUUUCCUUCCCAGGGUACCAAGAGGCCAGGAGGACCCAGCAAUGUCCUACGAGAUGCUUGUCUGGUUGCUAAUAUUUUGGACCCCAGAAUCAAACAGGAAAUCAUCAAAAAGUUUAUUAAACAGCAUCUGUCAGAGUAUCUAGUACUUUUUCAAGAAAACCAAGAUGUUGCCUGGCUGGACAAAAUUGACCGGCGCUAUGCCUGGAUCAAGCGCCAGCUUGUGGACUACGAGGAGAAAUACGGCCGGAUGUUCCCGCGUGAGUGGUACAUGGCGGAGAGGAUUGCGGUAGAAUUUUGCCACAUCACAAGGACAGAACUGGCCAAGAUCAUGCGUACCAGAGCGAAGGAAAUUGAAGUGAAAUUACUUCUCUUUGCUAUUCAGAGAACGACUAACUUUGAGGGGUUUCUUGCAAAACGCUUCUCCGGGUGUACCCUGACAGAUGGAACUCUGAAAAAACUCGAGUCUCCACCCGCAUCCACCAAUCCCUUCCUGGAAGAUGAGCCAGCACCAGAGAUGGAGGAACUGGCGAUGGAAAAAGGAGACGUAGAGCAACCAAAGAAGCCUAAAGCCCCAGACAAUCCAUUUCACGGCAUUGUUUCCAAGUGUUUUGAGCCUCAUCUCUACGUGUAUAUUGAGUCCCAGGACAA